GAGAGAAACGGGGGGCGGACCGCUCAGCAGAAACGAGCUGGAGAGUUUGGGGCAGUGAAUGGCACGAAACUCUCUCUCUCUCUCUCUCUCUCUCUCUCUCGCUCUCGCUCUCGCUCUCUCUCGCUCUUUCUCUUACACACACUCUCGCGUUCCUCCAACAGACAUUUGUGGAUAAAAUGUUGCCCUUUUUUCCGGCGUUUGUCUUGGAAUUGUGUGCCGUGAAACGGGAGUGUGGAUAUUCCGUGUUGUGGGACGGUCUGGCAAGAAGGAGGAAAUGAGAGUUUGACUUGGAAGGAAAGGGCUGUGUUGUUACUCUGAGGAUGGAUGUUUUCCCCGUAUGAAGCAGCGCUGGGCCUGAGUGGAUUUGCCUGAGUGAAGAAGUGAGCGUCCCGCAGCGGAUGAAGUUCUUUAAACACUGCGGUUUUCCUUCGCUAUGAGGUUUCAGUGUCGCUCUGUGUUUAAUACUAGUCGUUUUCAGAGUGGCUGGGUGUUUGUUGGAGGGCGCUGGAGGAUGUGUGAGCUGCGUGGUCAGAAGUGAAGGGCGCCGGUGCGGUCACAGGAUGAUGGUGAAACUGCGCUGAAAGCUGAAGGUGCAUGUGUGCGGUUUGCUGUCGGUUUGUGGAAAAGCCUGAUCCAGACACUGGAGGGGUGUCACACACCCUUCAGCUCCAAGGACAAUGAAAGAGAAGUCGAAAAAUGCCGCCCGGACUCGGCGGGAGAAAGAGAACAGCGAGUUCUAUGAGCUGGCCAAGCUGCUGCCGCUGCCCUCGGCCAUCACAUCUCAGCUGGACAAAGCCUCCAUAAUCCGCCUAACCACCAGCUACCUGAAAAUGAGAAUAGUGUUUCCUGAAGGUUUAGGGGAAUCAUGGGGGCACGUGAGCAGAGCGAGCUCUCUGGACAAUGUAGGCCGCGAGCUGGGAUCACAUCUACUACAGACCCUGGACGGGUUUAUUUUCGUGGUGGCUCCUGAUGGGAAGAUCAUGUACAUCUCUGAGACCGCCUCAGUGCACCUGGGGCUAUCGCAGGUAGAGCUGACGGGGAACAGCAUUUAUGAGUACAUUCACCCUGCUGACCACGAUGAGAUGACCGCGGUACUGACCGCGCACCAGCCCUACCACUCACACUUCGUACAAGAGUAUGAAAUGGAGCGCUCUUUCUUUCUGAGGAUGAAAUGCGUCCUUGCCAAGAGGAAUGCAGGUCUCACCUGUGGCGGAUAUAAGGUGAUCCACUGCAGUGGCUACCUAAAGAUACGACAGUACAGUCUGGACAUGUCUCCAUUUGAUGGCUGCUACCAGAACGUGGGGCUGGUAGCUGUGGGCCACUCGUUGCCCCCCAGUGCAGUGACAGAGAUCAAGCUCCACAGCAACAUGUUCAUGUUCAGAGCUAGCCUGGACAUGAAGCUCAUCUUCCUGGACUCCAGGGUGGCAGAGCUUACUGGCUAUGAGCCACAGGACUUAAUAGAGAAGACUCUUUACCAUCACGUCCACAGCUGUGACACCUUCCACCUACGCUGUGCACACCACUUGUUGUUGGUGAAAGGUCAGGUCACUACAAAGUACUACAGGUUCUUGGCUAAGGAGGGGGGCUGGGUUUGGGUCCAGAGCUAUGCAACAAUUGUGCACAACAGCAGAUCCUCCAGACCUCACUGUAUCGUCAGCGUAAACUAUGUCCUAACGGACACAGAGUAUAAAGGUCUACAGCUAUCCUUAGACCAAGCGACGUCCACCAAGCCAGCCUUCACCUACAGUAGCCCCUCCAACCCCAUCAGCGACAGCAGGAAAGGGAAUAAAAGUAGGGUGUCCCGCACCAAACCUAAGACACGACUCUCCCCCUACUCACAUUACCCAGGCUUCCACACAGAGCGCUCUGAGUCUGAUCAGGACAGUAGCCCGUGGGGCGGGAGCCCUCUCACUGACUCCGCCUCUCCUCAGCUAUUGGAGCAGAAUGAAAGCAUGGAUGCAUCCUGCGUCUACCGCCAGUUCCCGGAGCCACGAUCACUUUGCUACAGUCUGCCUCUUUCUGAGGAGCACCAUGCCUCUGCUGACCACCAGAGCCACAACCAUUCACAGGCCUGCGAGCGGGGGCGAUGUGAGGCUGGCAGGUACUUUUUGGGUACUCCUCAAGCCGGGCGAGAGGCGUGGUGGGGUGCAGCCCGCUCAGUCCUGCCUCUACCCAAAUCUCCACCUGAGAAUGGAGAUGGGUAUGAAGGUAUUAUGCCUCACAUCGCAUCCAUCCACAGCCUGCAUGUGAGGGGCCACUGGGACGAGGACAGUGCAGUCAGCUCACCUGAUGGUGGCUCGGCCAGUGAUUCAGGGGACCGGUACCGUGGGGACCACUUCCGUUCGAGUCCUCAGGAGCCCAGCAAGAUUGAGACACUGAUCCGGGCUACGCAGCAGAUGAUAAAAGAAGAAGAAAACCGACUACAGCUGAGAAAGGGCAACGCAGAGCCACUGGGCCCUGCGAAUGGCCUAGCUAAGAGCCAUGGCUCCUGCUUCAGCCCAGAGUUCCCCCAGGCGGCCCUGCAGGGCUCUGUGUGUCGGGGGCCGGCUCAGGUGAUCAGUCCUGCACCUAGUCCUGCCCCUCUGUCCCGCCUCAGCAGCCCUGGUUCUGAGCGGCUGGCCAAAGCCAAAGACUUUUUGCAGACUGAGCUGUCAUCUCCACAGCAGCACCAGCACCAGCUAGCCCUAACUGGGUCUUGCACCACGUCCCCCACCCCAGCACUCUACCCCUCCCACCCCCGCCAGUACCUGGACAAACACGCAGCCUAUUCCCUCACAGGCUACACACUGGAGCACCUCUAUGAGGCAGACAGCUUCAGAGGCUACUCACUGGGCUGUGCAGGCUCCUCACACUAUGAAAUGGCCUCUCACUUGCGCAUGCAAGCCGAGCAGCCGCCCAGCCAUAAAGGGACCUCCGUCAUCAUCUCGAACGGCAGCUGACGCUUAGCAACACACUUGCCGUGACUGGGCUCGCCCCCACUGUUUUUUUUCCCCCACGGAACUAAACAGGAAUUUGUUUUUUUGUUUGUUCAUUUGUUUGUUUGUCUGUUUUGAGAGCUUUUAUGUUCCUAUUUGCAUUGCUGUAGAUGAAUUCUAGAUUUCAGUAUUAAAGGAUAUUAAGGGAACUCCAUUCAUGCAUUUAAAAGGCAGUUCAGAGGAACUUCAAAUAUUUUAAAUAAUCAAUAUUUUACACUGCAUAACCACUAUUUUACAAGCGAAGCAGAAACAAUGUGGUUAUUUUUUCUUUUUUUUAAUGCAACAAAUUGUACACAGUCUGGUAGAGGAAGGAACUGGUCAGAGUAAUUAGCUUGACUUUUUCCAAAUACCUGUGUCUGGGGAAAAGACAAACCUAUAAUUAAAAUGUUAGUAUGUUAUUACAUUGAAUGUGAGUUGACAAAAAUUUUAGUGCAUUUACCAUGUCUUUACAGCCACUGUUGCUGCUUUCAUCUUUCCCAUACAUGAAGAAGAGAAUGAAUGACCUGAUUGUCUCAAAGGAUCAUAAUGAUUUAGGUCACAUUUUCCAUUUUUUGACAAAUGUGUCAAAUUUCCUUUGUAUUAUGCAUUUGAGUGCUACCAUUUUAAAGCCUUCAUGUCUUCUUUAGUCUUUCUCCCUGACAAUUAAUCAUUGUCUUAAUUUAACCCCCCUUCAAGGUAUGAAGGAGAAUGAUAUUAAGACAUGAAAUUUUACUGCUGCAAGAACAAACAUCUUUUUUGCCUGAAAAGCAGCAUAAAUAUACAAAGGAGUAUCAAAUAUGUUUAAACUGUUUACAGUAGGCAAUAGCUUUUUGAUUUUUUUCUCUCAUGAGUUUAACUGGAAGGUUAUAAUAUCAUUACUUUUGCCAUAAUUAUAGAUGUAACACUAGGCCAAGAUUUUCAAAACUGUUUAGUUCAAGAUGCUAGAUAAUGACUUUAAAGGAGAAUUCUAUUUUUUCCACAAAAAAUAUUUUUAGCCAAAAAUUACCACUCAUGAGCUUCUAUAGGUCAUGAAAUGAGACCAUAAAAGGGAUUUUUAUAUGUAAAAGGGAAAUUGCAGUGUACCACUAAUGCUGCAAUACAGUAUUCACCUAUAGUUAGUAUAGUUAAUAUAGUUACAGUGCUAUUCUUUCUACUUUAUGGCAAGACUUGAUAAAGAACAGAACACUAAGAAUCCACCCUGGUCUAUUUCUCUGUUAUGUGCUCAGUUCAGUAUGGUGGGUAGUGAUGCGUUUCUAUACAUCAUUAUUUUCCACUGCAUUUGAGCAUGUGAACUGUAGUCUCCUCCCUGUCAUGCACAGAAACACCAGUAACCGUGAAACUACUAUGGCUAAUAGAAAAAGGAAAAUACUCUUUAUAAUUGGCACAAUAGCCCAAAGGCAUGAUGUUCUUGAAUUGUUUUUAUGCUCAUAAUUGUACAAAACCAUUUUGACCCUGCGUGUUGUUCUGUGCCCUGUGGAAGCGUGUGAGUGGUAACUGUAUGUCAGAUUCACACAUUGUGCAGGGUGUUAAAAUAAGUAUCAGAAAACUGGAUUUUUUUUUACUUCAAAAUAUAUUUCACAGCAUUACCCCAAACCAAGCCAACCCCACUUAAAUCACUCUCUGGAAAUUCAGCUCUGAAGCUGCAGUUUGUGUUUGGCAGUUAUUAGCAGGGCAACAAAGAUUAUGCAAUUGUAAAGACCUCUUUUUCUUUUAUUUCACCCUCAUGGCAUGAUGGGGGACUGCUCUUCAGUGAGUUAUGAAGUGGCUGCAGGUUGUAGCUGAUGAGGCAGGAUGUGAGAAUCAGUCUGCUGAGCUGGAGUGAAUGAGCGUGAAGUGAUGAAGGACAGAAGGACCGAAGGACUCACUUGGAGGAGUUGCAGUAUGCGUGCUGCUGGGGGACAUGUUAGGGAGCCAAGGGGAUGCGAGACUGACUGAUGCAGAUGGACGAUUAUAGGGGAGCGCUCUGAGGUUCCCUUGCUCUCUGCCUGCUGGGUGGGAGAAACUGGCUCACUUCUUUUGUUUGUUUGUUUUUUCCACAGCAAGAGAAAUCCUUCUCUAAAUUUAUUUAUAAUGUAAAUAUGCUCAAAUAUGUUUUGAUGCACAAGUGGCAAAUGUAUU